AUGAAUAAUAUUACUGAGUGUAAUUUAAAACGUCAAGUUGAUGAAGUCUUUUCCAUUAUGCCACAUCAUUUUAUUCAAUGGUUAGCUGAUUCAAUUCUACGACGUGUUGCUUCUGAGCCAAAUCUACAUGAUUUAUAUGCUGAAUUUGUUCUACUCAUCUCAGAACGUUAUACAAAUUUUAGUACAUUCCUGUUAGAAAUACUAACAAAAGAAAUUGAUUAUAUCUUAAAAUUACCAAAUCUUGAUACGUGUAAUGGUAAAGCAUUGAAACAUCUUGGUGGAUUUUUAGGUCGGUUAACUAUAGCCCGGGAUAUUCCUUUAUGCGUUGAUAUUAAAUCAUUAAUUUAUACAACAUUCAAAAAUAAACCCAAUUCAUUGGAUUGUAUUAUACCGUUUAUUUCAGAAAUAUUAAAAAAUACUAAAUAUAGUUAUCAAAUUAAACCAUCAAAUCCAUGGGUUAAAGAAAUUUUACAAGUAAUUAAAGAAUUACAUCAUAUUACAAAUAAAUUAACAAUUCAAUUUGAAGUAGAAUUAUUAUUUAGUUUUCUUGACUGUGAUAUUAAUGAAUUGAAUUCAGCCUAUUAUCUUCGACGAAAUAUGAAUAAUGAGACCAACAACAACAGUAAUAACAAUGGUGACAACUAUUCAUAA